CUCGGGCGCGACAGUUCUCUCUCGACCACCGUUGGAAGAUUUUCGCGUUCCGUCGAAGGCGAACAGCGAGAGCGAGUGUGUGUAUCGAAAAAAAAAAGAGAGAAAAAAAACUGAAGGAGAACUAUGUCCUUCCAUUUUUUCUCUUUCUCUCUCCCUCUCUAACUUUGUUCCUCUUUGUUUCUCUUUUCAAUUGAUUUGAAAAGUUCGUUAAUCCAUGUUCCAUUCCUUUCCUUUAUCAUGAAGAUCGAGAAGAAAAGAUUAUCGCUCGCCAAAGCUUGGUUCCCACGGAAGAGAGGAUAAACGGAAGAAAUAAAGAAGGAGGUGGUUGGAAUUGGUUGAGGUGGUGGAGGAGGUACUGGAGGUGGGAGGCGAGGCGAUCGUGUUCAGAACCGGGACGGAACAUCGAUCAACGGCAUGUGGAAACGCCUUGAACCAGAUACGAAAGCAGCAGCAGCGUUUUUUUCGGCCUCGACCGCGAAUCGCUGGAACGGCGCGCGCUCGGAUCUCGAAUCUCCUAUUAGCCGAUACCCCGAUGAUCUCUUGUCGUCGCAUUCAUCUUUGAAGUUCGGCCCGCCAACUUCGAAUCGGACACGAUCGUCCCACGUCGUCGAACAAACGAGGCUCUUUUCCUAAUUCGAAGACAGAGGGCGGCUUAUCGCUCGAAAUUGAUCUCGAUCUAUCUAUCGUCUUUUUUUUUCCUUCUUCUUCUUCUCCUCCUCCUCCACCUCCUCCUCCUCCUCCUCCUCCUCCUCCUCCUCCUCCUCUUCGUCCUCCUCUUCUUCCUCUUCUUUGCUCCUCCUCGCGCUCUUUUUAUUUCUUAUUGUUAACAAAAAAGAAAAGACAAAAGAAAAAAAGAAAAAGACAAAUGAACAUUAUCCUUACGGAUGGCCGAAUAAUAAUCGGAGAGUGCGAAAUAUUAUUCAUGUUCUCGUUACACGAAUUAACGAUAAUCGGACCAAAGUGAAUCAGAAAAUUAUAUUUGAAGAUCGUCGACUUCGAAAGUCCGAUAUUACUUGGAGCUUAUCUCAAAGAUGUCUUCGUUGUUAAGAUCAAACUUGGUAGAAGCUCUGCGGUUUCACCGCUUCCGGAACUCUACGAGUAUCGCAAGAAACCUUCUCGAUUAGUUCGUUGUUUGUUACAUUACGAGUCCUUCGAUCUUCGAGAGGUUUGAAGUAUCGAUAGAAGAAGAGUGUGAUUUUCAUGCACGCACACACACACACACACACAAAAUAUAUAUAUAUAUAAAGAAAGUUUGUUAGAUCUUACAAAUCGAACAUUUAUUACGAAAAUAUAAACAAUAAAGAACCUUCGAUAUAUUUUAACGAUAAUCAAAGUCUAACGAGUAGCGAGAGCACGACGCACACGCCGUUCAUCGAAAAUAUUUUUAAACAGUUCGAGAAAGGAGCACGUUGAAUCGUAGAGAUUAAAAUAGUUUUUUCUUCGUUCCUUUCGAGCGACCAUCGUUUUAGAGAGACUAUUUCGACGUUAUCGCAUUAACGCGAGAUAUAUAUCUAUAUUAUAUACAUAUGUAUGUGUAUAUAUAUAUACAUAUAUAUAUAUAUAUAUAUAUAUACAUACAUACGUAGAAACACAAAAUAAAAGGAAAGAAAAAAUAUAGGCUGCGUUCGUGAGAUUAAAAAUAACUGCCAACGUUAAAGAAACACUUGCCAAUCAAAGUUCGCGUUACGGAAAACUUUACGUCAAUAUCGCGAACUUUCUUUCUUCUUCAUUUCUUCCAUUUCCUUUUCAUCUUGUCCUUAUAACCACUCGACGAGUCUCCAAGGAUUUAACUUUGUUCACGGUGUUCAAUUAUGAAGGAAAGUAUAAGAUAAAUGAGAAGAGAAAAUAUUCGCAAAAAGAAAGAAAAUAUCGGAACAGUUAUAAAUCAAAGAAACGGAGGAGAAAAUAGUUCCGAUUACGAUUUCUAAACUACCUCAGGUGUAACUUUUAAUUCGAUCGAUUCGUUAUCCUGAAUGAGAAAAGAAAGGAGAUAAUUUAAAAGUACAUUUCCACGAUCGAAGAUUUAGCUGAAAUUUAUCGUUCUCUACUAAGAAAUAACGAGUGGAUAUUGUCGGAAAAUGAUGAAUUAAUAAUUAAUGAAACUUAAAAGCAUUCUGAUAAACGUGUCGUUGUGUAAUAGAAAGAGAGAAAAAUAAUAUAAUAUAAAAAUAUACAAGAGAGAGAGAGAGAGAGAGAGAGAGAGAGAGAGAGAGAGAGAAAGAGUAGAUAUAUAUAAAAAGAACGAAUGAAAUAAGAGAAGCAUAGAAACGUGCACCUAUGCAGAUGGAUACGUAAAUUCAGUACUUUAGGUGAAAUCGAAAGUCGAACGAGGCUAUAAGGGACGACUUGUAUCAAUAUAACCUUGAAGAGAUAAUAAUAUUCUCAUGGAUGUGUGCGUGUGUUAAUAUUCAAAUAUACAUACGUGCACGAAUGUAGAUUCGUUUUGGACACGAUAUGGUACGGCAUGGUACGAUACGGUACAAUAAGCAGUUAGUUUCUUCGAGGAAUACAUAUGAGUGAAGUAUAAACGAUAAACAAAGAAAAAGAAAAAGAAAAAAAAAAGAGAGAGAGAGAGAGAGAAAAGGAGAGAUUAGAAUAAAGAACGUGGAAAAAAGGUUUAGCAGAGAUUUUUCAAAAUAGUAUAGAAAGCGAAAAGGAUAUGUGCCGGCGUAGAAAAACAUCUAACGAGAAGUCGGCCGGUGAAGAUAAUGCCGAUGGAGGAAGAUGAGGUUAGAGCUAAGCAAAAUAAAAGGGAAAAGAACGCAAAAAAAGGGAAACGGGAGAAAAAGAAACGACGGGAAAUUACGGUGAGGAAGAAGCGAUCCAGCCAUGUCAUGGGAGUCUAUUUCGUCCAGGGAUUACCUUGGUGGAUCGGCGAGUCAUCAGCUGUCGGCGACCGCCUUGCUGGGUAGCCCAGAUGGCUCGAGACAUCCUCUCGAUGUAUGUGAAUUCACGGAGGAGGAUUAUCGGCAUCAAAAUGGCAGUGGGAAUAGUCAUUACCAGCAUAGCAGGCCAGGUACAGGUUUAUGGGAGUGUCUCGUAGGUUGCAGACGGCGACUAGACCAGCAAUUGGCUCGUCGAAGGGUAGAGCAAGGAUUAAAAUUGUAUCGAGCACACAAACAACAGGCGGCCGUACGAAAAUGGAGAGGCGCAUUGAAGAGUAUCCGGCAACGCGAGGACAAAUUCGCGCUUCUGGGGUAUCUUUAUCAAGCCUACAUGGAUUGGGGAAAGUACAGGGACAGUAUCGACUUUGGUCAGAGACAGCUUUGUAUCUCGGAAGAAUUGGACUCGCCUAAUAUGCGAGCGGAAGCGUAUUUGAACUUGGCCAGAGCUCAUGAGAGAUUAGGUGCUUUGGACAGAGCCUUGGAUUAUGCCAGACACAGCUUGUAUAACGAGUGCGAUCAGUGCGCCACUGCUGGAUUAGUUCACUUAACCGUAGGCAGAGUCCACUUAGAACUAGCAGGAUUCUGUAAAGCCUUGGAGGCCUUUCAAAGAGCUCACAAAAUCGCCCACUCCAUUCAAGAUCCUUCCUUAGAGUUACAGGUAUAUGUCGGGCUAUCGGAACUCUUCUGCAGAUUACAGGAUGCCGACAAGAGCGCGAGAUAUGCCGCGAGAGCGUACGAUCUCUCGCGAAGCUUACAGCUUGGUGAUCUAAAUUCGCGACAUCACAGAGCUGCUCUCCUUCAGAUGGCCGCGGCCCUGAGGAAGAAAGGAGAACUGGGUGAUGCUCAUGACUAUUGUUCGGAAGCAACGCGAUUGUCGCUCGUUUCAGGCGACCAAGCUAGCUAUGCUCGAAGUAUACGAAUAAUGGGGGAUAUUUAUCGAAAGAAAUCCGACAUAAAUAUGGACGUAUUGCAGAAGGCGUUUCGCCAGUACGAAAGCGCCAUGGGAUCUGCCGCUGCGACUGGUGAUCGACUUUGCCAAAUGGAAGCGAUGGAUGGAGUGGCUAGGUGCUUCGAGGCUCUCAGAUUGCAGCACAAGAUAUGCAACUGCCGGCCCCUUGAAUUCAAUACCCGCCUUCUGGAAGUAGCUGGAUCCGUCGGUGCUAAGCUCUUAGUGAGGACCGUCAGAUCGAGGCUAUCGCGGAUUUACGGUUCCUUGGGGGAUGAAGAACAAAAAGGACAUCACGAGAGACUCGCCGCCACUAUGGAAGAAGAUUUAGAAUUACGGUGCGGUGGUUGCAAUGAACCGUUCGGGUUGGAAGCCGAUUCCCUCGAGGCAUUACCUUGUUCUCACAUAUUACACGCCAGAUGCGCUUACGACAUACUGAAAAGGCGCGACAAAAAGAAGAAACGUCUCUGUCCGGAUUGUCAUAAAUCUGUCAGCUCACGAUUGUACCUGCAUUGCGAGGAUCCACACGGCAUGAAUACUUUAAAUCAUAGUUCCUUGAGUCUGGCGUCUCUGAGGGCCAGCAGCCUAGCGACACUGGAGGAUUGUCACGCCACGAGUAGCGUCUAAAAAAGGCCCGACGUUUAUUCGUAUAUUCGUUCGAUCGUUCGAUCGCGUAUAAAUAUGUGCCACGAUCGUGCACCAAUCUAUCUAACUAUUUAAAAAAGAAAAGAGAAAAUAGAAAAAAGAAAAAAAAAAAAAAAAGAAAAAAAGAAAUCCUCGAAAGUUCGAGAGAGAGGCUCAUCAUAACGAGAACGGCGUAGGAAAGGAAAAUUAGUAUUGAUGAAUUGGGAAUAGAAAGAAUGCUCGAAUCGAUUGUGAAUUGUUAUCUUCUCCCUAAUUAUUAUCAAUAGCUGUGUACAGAAUAAAAUUUAAAUCCUACGAAAUGUUCGAAUAGCGUUUCAAUUUCGAACGGGAAGGAUUGAUUUCUUAGCUGCGCGAUAUUACAAAUCUAUAUGUAGCCGUUAUCUCUAUUUCUAUCACUAUUCCUUUUUUCCUUUCUUUCUCAAAUAUGUUUCUACCUUAUGUCUGUAUCUCUUUUUGUCCUCGUCAUUUGUAAUUUAGAAAUAGAAUACAUAAUUCGUUUGUUAUUCAGCUUAGUUCGAAAUAUUCUGUCGCCGUUAAAUGUUGUUGACGAGAAGAUCUGAUGAGAGAACGCCAUACUCGUUGAGUCCUUCCAAAAUCGAAAGACUAUUAUUUUUAACCCGUCCCUACAUACAUUCCUAAGAAUGAAAUUCUACUGAGAUUAGUUUUUAAUAGAGCGGAUCGCAUACGCACGAACUUAAUAGACAUAUAUAUAUAUAUAUAUAUACAUAUAUAUGUAUGUAUGUAUAUAUAUAUAUAUAUAUAUAUAUAUAUAUAUACGUGUGUAUAUAUAAUAUUUAAAAAUUGUUACAUCUUAUAAAGAAUGCUAUAACUUAAUUAACAACUGUUGAUUAUAAAUCUUUGAUUAGUGACGUGGCAAGAAUAUAACAUUUAUGCGAAUCUAUCCGUAUUGAUCUUAAAAAAUGAUGAUCGCUAGACCUCGACGGAAGAAGAUUCAUAUUACGAUUUAUCGUUUGACAAUCUUCCUGAUUAAAGAAUAAAGUUUAACGUAAAACUGUAUGUGCACGUCGUAAAAGAUUGAUUUUAAAUAAAAUUAUCCAAUUAAUUA